AGGGUAGGGAUUUACCUAUAUUUUAUAAUUCACGGGAGAUACAGAGGACAGUUACGCAGUGAUCAGGUUGUGAACUAGAUGUAUAUCUUACCUACCGAAACGUAAAUUAUUUCAAACGAAACACUAUCUCACGAUUGAAGAAGUUUCGAAGAGCUCUAAUAUGAUCAUCUGAGAAUGCUGUUAAAUCUAUUUUUACAAGUUUCCGGAAAUUGCGACAUUCUUAUUUAAGUGAGUAUAAAUUCGAAUGAUCUUAGAACGAGUUACUCCCCAAGAUGUCAUCGAUGGUUUUGCUGUUCUUGUAUCUGAAUACGCUCCACUUAACUCACUGUGAUGCAAGCGAUGCAAACGACUUGCAACUAUCUGUUACAGACACGAAUUUAACGAGUGACGAAGGUGUCACGGAAACGCAACAUGCAAGUUGUAAAAUCGCUACAGAAGAAUUGGUUGCAAGCGCACGUACCAGUGUCACGAGAAUACUUACUGGAGUUUGUAAUACUAAAAUGAUCGAUGAAAAGUUGCGAGCUUUAGAAAAAGGCCUGAUCAAAGAACUGGAAGAAAUCAAGGCAUUGCUAAACACUGUUUUGGAGGGGAAAAAGGAAGUACCAAAACUGGCGAAAUUAUACGACGAUUAUCACGAAGGCAAAAGCGAUACACUCUCUCCAAGACAGUCUGAAAUCGAUAACUUUAACAAUACGAUCCAAAGAACUUCAUUAUUAAAUGGGCCCGCGAACCUCUUCUUUUACUACUGGCAGAUAAAGCAUUUUGACGAGAAGCUUACCAAUUGGAAAACUGCUCGUUGCCUACGCAGUUCGACAUUUUACGUGGGCCAGAAUGGGUAUGCCAUGUUCAUCAAAGUAACACCGCGAUAUUUUCCGGACGGUACAGUUUUCAUAGGCGUCGGAUUGACCCGUGGUCGUCAUGAUUCUAUUCUGAAGUGGCCAUUUCCCCAUAAGAUUCGCCUCGAGAUUUUAGAUCAUUCAUCGGAGCAAUCGCGACAAGAUCGAAGAUCACGGAUUUGGGAUCCGUCCACACUUUGCUCGGAAUAUUUUUGGGGCCGUCCAAAAUUAACUGGAGAACCAGAUAAUGCAGAAUGCGUUGGACUGAGCGUCCCACGACAGAUUUUUUUUGUCAAGUUGCCCGUUUCGAUCGAUCGUCCGUCGAGAAGCACUAAAUAUCUUUGGAAUGGAAGUAUCACGAUCAAGUUGACUGUUUAUCUUUAAAUAACUUUUAUACUAAAAUUUAUACAUUAUGCAUAGUAGUGUACGUAGUAAUUCUACUAGAUUAUAAU